CAGCCAAAUUUGUCCCCAACCACAACACCAAGAGAAGUUCGUCGCGCAGGUUAAAGCGUAUUUAGGCGAAAGUGUCUUCGCAGUCAGUUUUGUCCAAGUUAUUAGCUUUCCCGACAAGCCGUUGUCAUGAACGACUGGGAUACCGUGACCAUCCUCAAGAAGAGGCCCGUGAAAGCGUCGGCAGCCAAAACCGAACAGGCUGUUAAUGCUGCUCGCAGGCAGGGUCUUGCAGUUGAUACCCAGCAAAAAUGGGGUGGAGGCCAGAACAAGCAUACUGUCACCACUAAAAAUACUGCCAAAUUAGACCGUGAAACUGAGGAACUUAAGCAUGACUCAAUCAGCAAAGAUGUUGGCAAAUACAUCAUGCAAGGGAGGCAGGCCAAGGGGUGGAGCCAGAAAGAUUUAGCCACAAGAAUAUCUGAGAAGCCACAAAUUAUCAACGAUUAUGAAGCAGGAAGAGGUAUUCCCAACCAGGCAGUCCUGGGCAAGAUUGAGAGGGCAAUUGGCUUAAAGUUGCGUGGCAAAGAUAUGGGUCAACCCCUCCCGCCCCCUGGGACCAAGAAGUAAAUUACUGUCCCUGGGGGCCCUGUCGAAGCCUCGCUGUCCUUUCACCUUGUGUGUGUGUCCACGGACUGAUUAAUAACUAAAUUCCAGAAGUGAUGAGCAGAGUAGGUCAUGCUUUUUUCAUCAUGUGAAAAAUUUUCGCUACUGCAGCAGUCAACUGAGUUGCUAUAGGGACCAUUGAUAAGUUGGCUCGCACUGUUUCUUGUUAAUGCUGGCAAGUUGUCUGGUCAUUAUGUCUCUUCUUUAAAAUGUGUAUCACGUUAAUGCACUACUUUUCUUUUGUAAUAUUCCUUUCAAUCACUGAGAUUGUUUGUUUUUCUACUUGGACUGUUUGUAAAUGUUUUCUUUGUAAAUCUGCGUCCUUAUACUUGCAAACUUGUAGAAUUAAAAUCUUAUUAGCCUGUACAAUUUUA